UUGCGGUAGACUAUCUAGGCUGGCGGCGGCUCGGUGGUGACGGUGGCCCGCGGGGCGACAGGGCGAAAGAGCGGCGGGAGCUGUGUGCCAGGCGCGCUCCUGGGACGGGGCUGGAGGGGGCCUUGAGGCGUCGGACGUCGCCGCAGAGGCAGGGGCCUGUGCCCGGGGCUCCCCUUGUGUGGCAGGCGGGCUGGUUUUCGGAGGUUUGGAAGAGGAGCAUCCAUGCCUCUCCUAACCCAGCGCGUUCCGGACGAGGACGAGCAGUACUGCUUAGUGGCCAGCCUCGACAACGUUAGGAAUCUCUCCACAGUCUUGAAAGCCAUUCAUUUCAAAGAACACGCCGCGUGUUUUGCUACCAAAAAUGGGCUCAAAGUUACCGUGGAAAAUGCAAAGUGUGUGCAAGCCAAUGCCUUUAUUCAGGCUGAAGUGUUUCAAGAAUUUAUCAUUCAGGAAGAAUCUGUUACUUUCCGAAUUAACUUAACUAUCCUUUUAGAUUGUUUAUCUAUUUUUGGAUCAAGUCCUACUCCAGGGACUUUAACUGCACUUCGGAUGUGUUACCAGGGUUACGGUCAUCCUUUGCUGCUAUUUCUAGAAGAAGGAGGAGUGGUGACAGUCUGCAAAAUUAACACCCAGGAGCCUGAAGAGACUCUCGAUUUUGAUUUCUGUAGCACCAAUGUUAUAAAUAAAAUUAUCCUGCAGUCAGAGGGGCUGCGGGAAGCGUUUUCUGAGCUGGACAUGACGAGUGAUGUUCUACAGAUCACCGUGUCUCCUGACAAGCCGUACUUCAGGCUAUCUACUUUUGGAAAUGCUGGAAGUUCUCACCUUGACUAUCCCAAAGAUUCUGACUUGGUGGAAGCAUUUCACUGUAAUAAGACCCAGAUCAACAGAUACAAACUUGCUUUACUGAAACCCUCUACAAAGGCAUUAGCUCUGUCCUGUAAAGUCUCUAUUCGGACAGAUAAUCGAGGAUUCCUCUCACUACAGUACAUGAUUAGAAAUGAAGAUGGGCAGGAUGCCCUUGCAACUAUUGCUCUGCCUUGGAACGAACUCCUGCUUCGAGUGGCCUGUUCUGUUCUAACUUCUUUGCAGAGGCUCCAAAAAACAAGAAUGCAGGCUGCUGGCCAUGGCAGUCCAGAGAGUGUUUCACCGAGUUCCUGGAGGAGGUGGGGUAAAGCACAUAGAGCACAUCGGAUCCCGAGCGGAGUCUCGGGACAUCUGGGACUGAUUGUUCCAGUGAGAGGCUGAAGCUGAGAGCGAUUCUUGCGCUGCUUUUGGACAUCUGGGCUUUGGCAACUACCCCAUGGCUUUGCUCAGCAGUUCUUGGGAAGUGAGAUACAGGCUUGUUUCGGGGAAAGAAAAACCUUUAUUGACGUAACAUCUACUACAGCAGAGGACAUCAAAAGAUUUCUUUCCCCCUUAUAUUGACUCUGGCUAGGUCUAGAUGUCACUGUCUUCAGCGGGGAAAGAGCAAUUAGCGACCUACGUUAAAAUCCCAGCAGCCCUGCCUCUUCCUGGGUGAAGUGUCUGGGAAAACUCAGUUCUCAGUGUGUCUGUGUGUCAAAAGGGCUCUGGAGUAUGACCUGCUUCACAGAUCUCUCCGUAUGCAGAAGCCAACCCAUCAAAGCCAGAUUCUCUACAUAGUAAAAGAAUGGGAAUCUGAAACCUGACCGACUCAAGUUCAAGCACUUCAGGAAGCUUCGACUGUCUGGUCUGCACUGGCUUCCACAGUGUCCCCAGUGUCUCCUCCUCCUACGGCUCCUGUCAACUUGAGGCUACUGAGAAAAUAUAUUCACUCCAUUUAUCUUGAAGUUUCUCUUUCAAAAAUUUAAAACAUAUUUUACUAACUCUGAAAAUACACUGCAAUUUGACCAUCUUAUCUCCUCCUCCAUCUUCUCACGGAUCUGCCUCUGAUCUCACCCAUCCAACUUUGUUCUCUCAUUUUUUUUAAAGUCAUCAAGUCCUAUUAAUGCUGCCUGUAUAAUUUUACAUGUGUGCCUUAAAUUCAUGUGGCUCUGGCUCAUGUUGUCAUAUGUACAACUGUUGUAUGCAGAGGACAUUUCUUCGCUGUAGUCAUUCAAGCACCACUGUGCCUUACAGUCCUUCCGCUCCCUCUUCCACAAUGAUC